CUGAGCACUGAGAAGCCUUCACGCGCUCACACAACAGCAUCUCACAGUCAGAGUCAGCAAGAGAGUUUGAGUCCGUCAGCUCUCCAAGCACACCAAAGACUUUCAGUCUCAAAAAGCCGCACAGAUACAAAAGGAAGAGAAAGAAAAUAAGAAUAGGGUAUAAAAGACCAAAUUUCUUUCUUUAUUUUUUUACAAGCUGCAAAAGAGGGAAUGCCAUCGAUAAACAUGAAACUGGAGAUGUUGACGCUCAUCGCCUGCGAUGUAGACACUGAGGUGUUUACGUCCGACAAAAUGCAGGAGCGGUUUGAGGCUCUGUUCAGGAUCUAUGAUGAUCAGACGACCUUCCAGAUGUUCAAGAGUUUCAGAAGAGUUCGGAUCAGCUUUAGCACUCCAGAGGCUGCUGCGCGUGCACGCAUUGAGCUCCAUGAAUCUGAUUUCAACGGCACUAAACUAAAACUGUACUUCGCACAGGUGCAGAACUCAGGGGACGAUGUGGACAAGACAUACCUUGCCCCACCUCAACCUGUCAAGCAGUACCUCAUCUCUCCACCUACGUCCCCACCUGUGGGAUGGAGCCAGAGUGAAGAUGCCACACCAGUGAUCAACUACGACCUGCUGUGUGCUGUGGCCAAACUGGGACCAGGUGAGAAGUACGAGCUGCAUGCGGGUACAGAGUCCACUCCUAGCGUGGUGGUCCAUGUGUGUGACAGUGAAAAUGAGGAAGAGGAAGAAGCCCGGCCAAAAACCAAGAUUGUCCAGACCCGACGCCCUGACGGUCCCCCGAAAGUCUACAACUAAAACCUUUGGCACAUUUUACACGUUUUUCUCUCUGUGUCUCUUUCUCUCAUCCAGGAAGAGGCAAGCUUUAUUUCAAUAACAAAAAAAGCGAAACUAAGAAAUGGAUGGAUUUGGAGGGGUGCCCCGUGCACAGGUGACGUGUGGUGUUCUGAACCGGACUCAUGGACCGAACACACUGUCUCACUGCUGCCUCACGGGACAGCCAGGGGCCGAUGAGCUUGCAACCCCCCUCUCACAAUCAUAGCACUUUCAUUCCCUCAUUUAGAGUCUUUGUACUGUAUCACAGAAGAGCAGUAAUUGUAUUUAACAGUCGUAGAAGUAGGUUGCAUUUAAACUUUGUUACUGUUUGUCACUUUAAAUGAUCAUCAAAGAAAAUAAUGCUUUAAAAAAGGGAGCAGACCUGUUCUGUUCCUCCGUUUCUCUCUCGACAGCCGUGUCCGUGUUUAUCUCCAUAACGGUCAGGUUGGCACACCUGCAGAGGUGCCGCGCAGCUCGCUGGGAUUGUGACCCGUGUGCAUUUAUGCCUGUUCAUACCAUGCUAGAAUGGGAUGACGAGUUGUUUAAUGGAAAUGGUAAGAACGAAGGUGUCGCCUGAAGUGUUUCUGUCAUGUUGGUUUUGACGAGAAGGUGUUUAAUAAGUUAGAUGUGUAUUAUUCUUACUGUGUAUUUGAUACUACACAUUUUUGCAUGCUUACUGGCGUAUUUUACACUCUAUGUUAAAGCAACUUUAAGCAUAUCUGAUCGCUGUCUUUCAGAGUGAGUGGCCUUGGAAAGGGAAGAAACAGUUGUCAGGUGUAAAGUUCAACAUUUUGUACUUGUAUAGCGCAUCAUUCACUUGCAGGCCAGACAAACAAUUAGGAAAAAGCACAUGAUUUGGGUCUUGGUUUUACAUCAUCUCUGUUUGGUGUGCUUCUCACUUUGUAUUGUUAAGCACUGAGAAUGUUUAGUGUUAUUCAUAUCUUUGUAGAUUUACUGAAUCUACAUUGACCUGUUUGUUUGGAAAUAAAAACAGUGUGCCGAGUGACCUGGCCCAGAACCACUGUGUCAACACUUGACUACUGUCAUGUCAAGGUUAAUUGUUAAGUUAUGUAUUUUGCAUUGACAGAUAAAAAAAAUCACAGAAAAAUGAAAAUUCUGUCAUCACUUACUUAUUUACUCAUAAACCUCCACUGUGUUAAUUCAUACCAGAAUGUUAAAAACAGAUGAAAAUGGAUGGACGAAAAUGUCAUUUAAAGUGUGUUUUAGUAAUAAUGUACAGUCAGUGAAGUAGGAUGCAAUGUUUGACCAUCAGAUUGAGGAUUGCAGAGAGGUUUGUCAUGAUGGUGGUUAAAUUAGCCUUAUAAAAAAGUCACAUUUUAGUCACACAAAAAAA